GAUGCCCUAUCUGAAGAAGGGGAGGCCAUGGAUGCCACCAACGCCGAGGAAGAGAGUAUGAUGGCCGCAAUGGGGCUCGCAGGUUUUGGCACUACGAAGGGCAAGCACGUCGAGGGAAAUCAAGAAGGCUUCGUCGACAUCAAGAAGAUCAGGACAUGGCGUCAGUACAUGAAUCGGUAA